AUGAGGGAAAUCGUUCAUAUCCAGGCUGGACAGUGUGGAAACCAGAUUGGGGCGAAGUUCUGGGAGGUGAUAAGUGAUGAACAUGGCAUCGACCCCACUGGUAGUUAUCAAGGUGACAGUGACCUGCAGCUGGAGAGGAUAAACGUCUACUACAAUGAGGCAUCAGGGAGCACAGGCAGUAAAUUUGUCCCCCGUGCCAUUCUGGUGGAUCUGGAGCCUGGAACCAUGGAUUCAGUCCGCUCCGGCCCAUUUGGACAGCUAUUCAGACCUGACAACUUUGUCUUUGGUCAAAGUGGAGCAGGAAAUAACUGGGCCAAGGGUCACUACACGGAGGGAGCAGAGCUGGUGGACUCGGUGCUUGACGUAGUGAGGAAGGAGUCAGAGAACUGCGACUGUCUCCAGGGUUUUCAGCUCACCCACUCACUGGGUGGAGGUACCGGUUCAGGAAUGGGCACGCUGCUCAUCAGCAAGAUCCGCGAGGAGUACCCUGACCGCAUCAUGAACACCUUCAGCGUCAUGCCAUCUCCAAAAGUGUCUGACACUGUGGUGGAGCCAUACAACGCUACCCUCUCUGUCCACCAGUUAGUGGAAAACACAGAUGAGACCUUCAGCAUUGACAAUGAGGCUCUGUAUGAUAUCUGCUUCCGCACCCUGAAGCUGACCACACCUACCUAUGGAGAUCUCAACCAUCUUGUAUCGGCCACCAUGAGCGGGGUCACCACCUGCCUCCGUUUCCCUGGCCAACUUAAUGCUGACCUCCGUAAGCUAGCCGUAAACAUGGUACCCUUCCCCCGCUUGCAUUUCUUCAUGCCUGGUUUUGCACCCCUCACAAGCAGAGGCAGUCAGCAGUAUCGUGCCCUCUCUGUGCCAGAACUCACCCAGCAAAUGUUUGAUGCCAAGAACAUGAUGGCAGCAUGUGACCCCCGUCAUGGCCGCUACCUCACUGUAGCAGCCAUCUUCCGCGGCCGUAUGUCCAUGAAGGAAGUGGAUGAGCAGAUGUUGAGUGUGCAGAACAAGAACAGCAGCUACUUUGUCGAAUGGAUUCCCAACAAUGUUAAGACCGCCGUUUGUGACAUCCCACCCCGUGGCCUCAAGAUGUCCGCCACCUUCAUCGGCAACAGCACGGCCAUCCAGGAGCUCUUCAGAAGGAUCUCUGAGCAGUUCACAGCCAUGUUCCGCCGCAAGGCCUUCCUCCACUGGUACACUGGAGAGGGAAUGGAUGAGAUGGAAUUCACUGAGGCAGAGAGCAACAUGAAUGACCUGGUGUCUGAGUAUCAGCAGUAUCAAGAUGCUACCGCUGAUGAGAUAGGAGAAUAUGAAGAGGAUGAAAUAGAGGAUGAGGAUGACGUCCGCCAUGAUGUUCGUCACUGA